CGCCCCUCGCCUUGGCGGGGUGCACGCGCUCCUCCGGGGCUGGAGGCGGUGAUUCUCUUUAUUGUUCCAGCGGAAAGGCUCCCUUCUCCUGCGGCGGCCCACACUCUCGUCGAUGGCCGCCGCGCCGAAGCCUCGUCCCGCCUGAGCGCCAGGCGGUUCUGCCGCCGAACCCGAACUCCACUCCGCCGUCGCGUGGGAUUUUAAGCGUGGGAGUUAAAGUUCUCGCGUCCGUGGAUCCAACAGCAGGAGGAGGAGGAGGGGGCAGACGACAGCAGUGAGACAUGGACGCCGCCGACAGACCGUCCACGGCCGGACAGAGGCUGAGCGCCCCCGAGAGCUUCGGAGUGUCCACCCUGGAGCCGGGGCAGCGCCCCCCAGCGCACCCCCCGGGGAGGCAGGUGCCCAUCAGGGUCCAGAUGCUGGACGACAGUCAGGAGGUCUUCCAGAUAACCCAACGGUCACCUGGUAAGGGCCUCUUUGACCUGGUCUGUGCUCACCUUAACCUGACGGAGGCGGACUACUUCGGACUGGAGUACCAGGAUCACCGGAAGAUGACGGUCUGGCUGGACCUCCUGAAGCCCACGCUCAAGCAGAUCCGCCGGCCUAAAAACACCAUCCUUCGCUUCGUGGUGAAGUUCUUCCCUCCUGACCACACGCAGCUCAUGGAGGAGUUGACCCGGUAUCUGUUCGCCCUGCAGAUCAAGCGUGACCUGGCCUGCGGUCGCCUCAUCUGCAACGACUCCAGCGCCGCCCUCAUGGUGUCCCACAUCAUCCAGUCCGAGAUCGGAGACUUCGAUGAGACGCAGAGCUGGCAGCACCUCCUGCACAACAAGUACCUGCCGGACCAGGACGCCAUCCGGGACAACAUCAUGGAGUGCCACCGCAAACACGCCGGCCAGACCCCGGCGGAGUCGGACUACCAGCUGCUGGAGAUCGCGCGGCGGCUGGAGAUGUACGGCGUGCGCCUGCACCCGGCGAAGGACCGCGAGGGCAGCCACCUCAGCCUGUCCGUGGCGCACACCGGCGUGCUGGUCUUCCAGAACCACACAAAAAUCAACGCCUUCAACUGGGCCAAGAUCCGCAAGCUGAGUUUCAAGCGCAAGCGCUUCCUGAUCAAGCUGAGAGCCGACCCGGCCCAAAGCGCUCACCACGACACGCUUGAGUUCGCCAUGGCCAGCCGGGACUGCUGUAAGGUGUUCUGGAAGAUCUGCGUGGAGUACCACGCCUUCUUCCGGCUGUUCGAGGAACCCAAACCCAAACCCAAACCCAUCCUCUUCACCAGAGGCUCCUCCUUCAGGUUCAGCGGCCGGACCCAGAAGCAGCUCAUCGACUACGUGAAGGACUCUGAGUUUAAGAAGAUUCCCUUUGAGAGGAAGCACAGUAAGAUCCUGUCCAACAGCAGCGCGUCGCCUCACUCGUCUUCCCUCCGACUGCAAGUCCCUCCUGAGAACGCCACGUCGGGCUUGCUGACGGACCAGCCUGACUCGGGGAGGCUGCACCAGGACGCCAGAUCAAACGGCCUGGAGGACCUGCCAGAGGCUGCGCCGCCCACCAACGGUUUCCAUAACGACAUGACCACACAGGACGCGAUCCGACGGAGCCACCACGGCGCAGAACCGAACCAGCACCUCCUCAAUCCAGAAAACUCAGAGGACUCUCCGCACGCCGCCGACCACGCCGUCACAAACGGCGUGCUGAGCGGACCAGGAGCGGACGGCCCUGACAUUCCCAAUGCGGCGCAGAUUCCAGCCGUGCAGACGUUCUCCCCGCUCACGAGCCCCCUGCUGGCAGAAGCAGGAUAUGUCCGCAACGAGGAUGAGGAGGAGGCCAGGAGGAAGAAGUUUCCCACAGAUAAGGCGUACUUCAUCGCCAAGGAGCUGCUGACGACGGAGCGGACGUACCUCAAGGACCUCAAGGUCAUCACGGAGUCGCUCCAGAACGUGGCCAAAGCUGAGGAGGCGUUUCCAGAUUCUGUCAGGGUUCUGCUGGCGGCUCACUACGACCCGUUCCACAAGUUCCAUCAGGGCUUCCUCAGAGAAACGGAGCAGCGUCUGGCCCAGUGGGAGGGUCGCUCCAACGCCCACAUCAAAGGCGACUACCAGCGGAUCGGCGACGUCCUGCUGAGGAACAUCCAGGCUCUGAGGCAGCUGACCGCUCACCUCCAGAAGCACCCGGAGUGCUUGGUGGAGCUGGAGCGGGCUUGCAGGUCCAGCAGGAAGGUGGAGGCUCUGUGCCGGGACUUUGAGCAGCAGCGGGUCUGCUACCUGCCGCUCUACGUCUUCCUCCUCAGGCCUCUGCACCGCCUGCUGCACUACAAGCUCCUGCUGGAGAGGCUCUGCAAGCACUACCCGCCCACCCACCUGGACUUCAGGGACUGCAGAGCGGCGCUGGCGGACGUCUCGGAGAUGGUGCUGCAGCUUCAGGGCGUCAUGAUGAAGAUGGAGAACUUCCAGAAGCUCCUGGAGCUGAAGAAGGAUCUGACGGGCUUGGAGAACAUCGUGGUUCCCGGACGGGAGUUCAUCCGGUUGGGUUGCCUCAGCAAACUCUCGGGGAAGGGGCUUCAGCAGAGGAUGUUCUUCUUGUUCAGCGACUGUCUGCUGUACACCAGUCGAGGGACGACUCCAUCCAACCAGUUCAAGGUCCACGGUCAGCUGCCGCUCUACGGCAUGACGAUCAGGGACAGCGAGGAGGAGUGGGGCGUCCCGCAUUCCUUCACCCUGUCUGGGCAGCGGCAGUCGCUGGUGGUCGCCGCCAGCUGUGCGGCGGAGAUGGAGCGCUGGGUGGAGGACGUCCGCAUGGCCAUCGACCUCUCCGAGCAGACCGCCGGCCUGCUGCCCCCCUGCCCCCCGGAGCACAAGCUCUCAGACGACGGAGCGGAGGAGGAGGAGGAGGAGCUGGGCGGCCUGCGCGCCUCCCUGGAGCGCCAGUGUCCACGAGGAAACACCACGGUGCACGUCUGCUGGCACCGCAACACCAGCGUGUCCAUGGUGGACUUCAGCAUCGCCGUGGAGAACCAGCUGUCUGGAAACCUGCUGAGGAAGUUUAAGAACAGCAACGGCUGGCAGAAACUCUGGGUGGUCUUCACCAACUUCAGCCUCUUCUUCUACAAGUCUCACCAGGAUGAGUACCCCCUGGCCAGCCUCCCCCUGCUGGGAUACUCCGUCACCGUCCCCGCCGAGGCCGAGAACAUCCACAAAGACUACGUCUUCAAGCUCCACUUCAAGUCCCACGUGUACUACUUCAGGUCAGAGAGCGAGUACAACUUUGAGAGGUGGAUGGAGGUGAUCCGCAGCGCCACCUGCUCCUCCAGCCGCCCGGCGCUGGGCUCCAGGAAGGACCUGUAUUGAUGCGUCUCCGCUCUCCUCCUCUGGGUGACCACCUCCCCGGCUGCACAAACGGGAGGCCUUCCGGCCUUUCUCUCUCUCCUGACACUCGCCCACAUUUCUGUGCCAAACCGGAAGACGCCAACAGUGUUUUUUGCUUCCCGCAGAGCUGCUCGCCGCAGGUUAGCACCGUCAGUCAUCCAGAAGAGCCGUUUCCGUUUAAUGUGACUCCAGUUUGGGCGCAGAGACGCGUUUUCCUCUUCGGUUCGAUGCCUUUUUGUAUAUUUUUCUUUUUUACACUGUGAACUCUAAUUAUUGCUUUAGUCGACGUGAUUUCAAAGCCAGCAGAGAUUUCAACAGCCGGUCGGCGUCUCCAGCUUCCUGGAUUCUAGUAUUUUAGACAAAUAUCAGACAAAAUGUGUUUAUGAGAAAUAAAUUAAGCAGCUCUGAUAUAAGGUUGUGUUUUUAUUUGUCAUUAAAAUAAACGAUGCGAAGAACUUUUA